AUGGACAUAGUGUGCCUUCCGCUUGAACAACUUGAUGUUAUUCUGAGAAUGAACUGGUUAGAAUUCAACCGGGUUCAUAUUAAUUGCUUUACGAAGACGGUUAUCUUUCCUGGAGAGAGCAGUGUCGAGAAUUUGGCGAUGACUACCAAGCAGGUAAAUGAAGCGGUUAAAGAUGGGGCUGCAAUGUUCAUGUUAUUCGCAUAUCUGGAGGCGAAAGGGAAAGCGGUGAGUAAUGAAUUACUGGUAGUACGAGAUUUUCCAGAAGUUUUUCCCAAAGAGGUUAGAGAGUUGCCACCUGAGAGGGAAGUGGAGUUUGCGAUCGAAUUAAUUCCUGGGACGAGUCCUGUGUCGAUGGCGCCUUAUCGCAUGUCAGCAUCCGAGUUGGCCAAAUUAAAGAGUCAAUUAGAAGAAUUGCUUGAGAAGGAGUUCAUCCGUUCUAGUGUUUCGCCGUGGGAUAUUCGGAAAGAUUUAGCCAUGGAAUUUGUGUUGGACUUGCCUCGUACACAACGAGGUGUAGAUUAUGUGUUCGUUGUAGUAGACAGAUUCUCUAAGAUGACCACUUAA